AUGUCCUCAGCAACAGCAACGCAACCGACCAAGCUGCGGGUGCUCAUCAUCCGUCACGGCGAAACGCGCGAAAACGUCGAACGAAUCAUUCAGGGUCAACUCGAUACCGACCUGAACGAUCGUGGACGACAACAAGCUGAGCUUACUGGCCGCUUCCUCUCUUCCACCCGCAUCGAUCGCAUCAUCGCCUCUCCACUCCGUCGUGCAGCCGACACAGCAAAAGCAAUCCAUAGGCAUCAACCCUCGUCGCUGAAGUUGGAGUAUGAUGACCGGUUGAAAGAACGUGCAUUCGGUGUGUUAGAGGGGAAAGUGUAUGGUGGAGGUUCAAAGAAGCCGGAAGAUACCGAAGGGAUUGAGAGAAUGGAGCCUUUUGCAGAGAGGUUAGGGAGCUUUUGGAACGAUCUUGUCACUCAACCCACCACUAGUGGUGGCGAUGGUGGGAAGGAGAGAACAGAGACGGUAGUGCUGGUGUCGCACGGAGCAGCGAUUAGCGCAUUAAUGAAUCAGGUUUUGGUCCCCGGACGAUACGUGAUUGUACCGCCGAGUGUGGUGCCUUCGAGGUUUUGGAACUGUUCCAUUACCGAGCUUCUCGUUCCUACGAUCCCUAGCUCGACGUCGGAAGUGCAAGCUGGCGACCUUUCGAGGAAACGAGACUGGUCAAUUAUACCGAUCCACCUCGGCGUGCAAGGAUCCCAGUUUCUGCUUGACCACCAGCUGCAGAAGAAGUUGCUGGCAACGGCAAAGGCAGGCGAUGUGCCGGACGUAAAAGCCGCUGAAGCAGUCAAGGAGCUCGAAGCGAUGGUAAUCAAGACUGAGCGUCAAUUCGAACGCGAUCCAGCUGGAAAGGAACAACUGGAAAAAGACACGAUCAAGGCUUCGGAUGGAAAGACUGUCGAGAACGAUAUCGGCUAUGGCAAAGCAGUAGGAGUAGUAAUUCAAUGGUCGAACAUCGACCACCUGAAAGAGCUGGAGGAGGUGGUCACAGCUAAGACCACCAAUGGCGAUGCUUCGUCCAGCAACGUCAAUGUAGACGAACUUGUCAAGUAG